AUGGACCACGAGAGCAUCGGCCCCAAGGCGGAGAGGUAUCCCUCUCCUCCAACCUCUGGAGAUGAAAAGGGAUCGAUUGAUAGCGAUGCGGCCAAGCUGGCGGCCAUGGGGUACACCCAGGACAUGACCCGCAAGUUCUCGGUGCUAUCACUGCUCGCUGUUGGUUUCUCCCUUACCAAUUCGUGGUUUGGUAUCUCCGCCUCCCUGGUUACGGGUAUCAACUCAGGCGGCGCGGUGUUGACCAUCUAUGGUAUACCAUGGAUCGCAUUCAUCUCGACCUGUGUUGGCAUCACCCUGUCCGAACUCGCGAGCGCCAUGCCCAAUGCUGGAGGACAGUACUUCUGGGCAAAUGAACUGGCUCCCAAAAAGUAUGCCAACUUCGCCUCUUACCUAACCGGCUGGUUUGCUUGGGCUGGGAGCAUCUUCACAUCUGCCAGUGUUGCCCUGGGACUCGGUGCGGCCGCGGUUGGAAUGUGGCAGAUGGGCCAUCCUGACUUCGUCCCCAAGCCAUGGCAUACCGUCGUUGCUUACCAGGUGAUAAACGGGUUCGCAUUUCUGUUCAACUGCGUGGGAAGGCUUCUCCCCAAGAUCGCAACCGUUACACUCUACACCUCCCUAAUCUCCUUUAUCACGAUCCUCAUCACUGUCCCGGCAAAGGCACCCACCCACCAGUCAGCCAAGUUUGUCUUUGCAACAUUCAUCAAUUCCACAGGUUGGAAGCAGGAUGGAAUCGCUUACCUGGUUGGUUUGAUCAAUACCAACUGGGUUUUUGCCUGUCUCGACGCAGCAACGCAUAUGGCCGAGGAGGUCGCAGCACCCGAACGAUCUAUCCCCAUUGCCAUAAUGGGCACAGUCGCCAUUGGCUUCGUCACUGCUUGGUUCUAUGUGAUCUCCAUGUUCUUUAGCUUGAACGACUUCAACACCAUAGUCAACUCACCGACCGGUGUCCCCAUCCUCGAACUGUACUUCCAGGCCCUCGGCAGCAAAUCUGGCGCUAUUGUCCUUGAAUCUCUCGUCCUGGCCACUGGAAUUGGUUGUCAGAUCGCUUCUCAUACAUGGCAGUCUCGCCUAUGUUGGUCCUUUGCCCGCGAUCGCGGUCUCCCUUUCCACACCACCUUGGGUCUGAACAAGAUCAACCGCAAACUCGAUGUGCCCCUGGCGGCUCAUGCGUUCAGUUGCACUAUUGUCGGUCUUUUGGGGCUCUUAUUCCUUGGUUCCUCAACAGCGUUCAACAGCAUGGUCACUGCUUGCAUCGUGCUGUUGUACGUGUCCUACGUCAUUCCGGUUGUCUGCCUCCUUAUUAAGGGACGAAACAACAUCCAGCACGGACCGUUCUGGCUGGGCAAGGUCGGUCUUGCGGCCAAUAUAAUCCUGCUCUGUUGGACACUAUUUACGAUUAUUAUGUAUUCGUUCCCUUCAGUCUAUCCCGUCACUGCCGGAACUAUGAACUAUGUCUCUCUCGUCUACUUUGUCGUUGUUGUCAUCAUCAUCGCCGAUUGGUUCCUUCGAGGUAAACGAGAGUACCGUGGACAAACCGCCCGCCACGAAGACGCAGAAGUCCUCCAUCGACGAGGCAGUGUUGUACAAAAUUAG